AUAACAGAUGCAGCAAAGAUCAACUACACCUCUGGUAAUCAGACCCUGAAUGAAAGUGACACAUUAAAUGCAAAGUGUGCGGCUGAUGGUAAUCCAACACCAAAUAUCACCUGGACAAGAGUUUCUGACAACAAAGCUGUGUCCUUCCCUCUCAUCAUCAGUGGUAAACAAGAUGAAGGAGACUACAAGUGCACUGCCAGUAAUGGUGUUGGAAGCCCUGAUAGCAGGAUUUUCAAUGUUUUUGUGCAGAGUAAGUUAAUUUUGAACUGUUUCCCUUUACUCCUUAUUACCUGAGGUUACACAGAAUUACAAAACCUCUCAGCUAGCAAUUUUAUCUAAUUAUGCAAUUAUUUAGCAUAACAUCCAUCUUCCAGAAAACAAAGAAAAAAGCAAAAAGCUAAUUUUUUCGUUUGUCUCACGAUGUAGUCACGUGUGAUGUAGAUCGCGACGUUUCGACUGCAUACUGCUAGUCUUCUUCAGGCGAUGAGGUCGACUGGUCAUGCGUGAUCUUAUAAAGCAUGAUGCUCUGCUGUGAUUGGCUGUUUUUCAACAGCUCUGAUUGGUGCAUUUCGAUCCUUGCUGUUCACUCAGUGAUUUGCUCCCUCGGCGAUCCGCUGUCGCACGGCUCUCCUGUUGUUGUGUUUCUUGAUCGUGGGCAUCCACGCUUCUGGAAUUUCUAUUCCACUAUCCCUGUUGAUGUUGUUAGGGUGAAGUCUUAUGUGAAUUGCCUCUUUGACCUUGCGCGUGUAGUAAUGAGGGUCACGACCAAAGUGGCUUGUGUCCGGUGUUGUGGGCAUGCUCUGAAACGACGGAGGUCUCGGUACGGGCCAGUCGAAUGUCUCGAUCGUGCUCCUUAAUUCCGUCUUGCAUAGGUCUUCCAGUCUCUCCGAUGUACACCUUGCCGCAUUCACAGGGAAUCCUGUAAACUACACCAUCUUGUUUAGCCGGGUCGACAGCGUCUUUUGGUCGUACUAACUGAGAUCUUAGCGUAGCCUCCGACUUGAAAACAGCGCGUACGCCUUGUUGUUGUAGGCAACGGCAAAGCUGUUCGGAUAGACCUUUAACAUAAGGUAAAACCGCAGUGGCUUUGAACUCGUUGGCGGAUUCGGCACUGUUGUUUGGUUUUCCGGUCUUGGUAAGUUUCGGCAAGAAAGAAUAAGGAUAACCAUUAGAAACCAGAACAGAUGACAGAUGUUUUUUCUCCUCGGAGAUAACGGAGGGUUUUGUUACGAGGCUUUUGGCGCGCUCGUUAGGCACUUAACAAUACCGCGUUUUACUGACUGAGGGUGGUGGGAAUCAUACGCUAAGUAUUGAUCGGUGUGCGUGGGCUUCCUGUAUACGCUGGUGGUGAGGCGAUUACGAGCAAAAAGACGGCGCCGUCAUGGGGAGUCCGGUUUCCACUGUCAUUUGCAGAAACUCACCAAGAAGAAGACUAGCAGUAUGCAGUCGAAACAUCGCGAUCUAUAUCACACGUGACUACAUCGUGAGACAAACGAAAAACUUAGCUUUUUAUUGUUAUUCACCACGAUGAAUAACUACAGCCUUUUCCACGAAAGAAAAAAGUACACCUGAAUGAUAUGAUUACCAGAUUUUCGAGUCGUGGGACGAUACCCUCACCAACUAUAUUUUUUUUUUAUCUCGGCGCCAAACUAGCACUUGAUCGAAAUAUUCCGAUCAACGAUUUAUUAUGGGUAUAAAAAAAAUGAAAGGCUUGUUUAUUUAUUUAAUUGCUGUAAAUAUUUCUGAAAUAUCUGAAGAAACAACCUAGCUACUUUAACAGAAUUUUGUUUCUUUGUCAGAAUUUACAUACUAAGGUAAGAUAUAUUGUAGUGCACCGAUAUGCCAGAUUCAAGGUAAAAAGUAAGCUGUGUAUUUUUAAGUAGACCAUGAUCUUAAAGGGUAUAAAACUUACCUAAGUUUAACAGGUGGAGUGUUGUUCUUUUAAAUUCAUUGUAGACUACCAUCCAGUAAACACCAUUGUGACAACUAAUCUGACUAACAACACUGUUCUUGUGAAUGAAACGUUCAGUAUCACCUGCAGUGCACACGCCAACCCACCUGCAAAAUAUCAAUUUUACAAAGGUGAUGAGUAUAUCAAUGGUGCCUACAACGAUGCAGUAAUUAUAGCUUCAAUUACUGAAAGAGUAAAGAUGGUGAACUACAGCUGCAUUCCCGUCAAUUUUCAUGGUUAUGGCACAAAAAGAACACUAGCAGUGACAGUGCACUGUAAGUAUUUAAUCGUUUAA